UAUUUGGCAUAAGCUUUCCCGGACUCAGGAGUUCACUUCAUCAGAUGCAUGAAUGUUAAUCCUCAGUUGCACGUGACUGUAAAGCGCAAGGGACCAUGAGGUCAGAGGCUAAACAAAUGCAAACGUGCAAGUACUGGCAAUUCAGUGACAGCUGAGAUGCGUGUAAGCAUCGGGUGCCGGAAGCUGUCUUGGAGACCCACUUCCGCCAGGAGUUAGCAAGCAAGCGGGGUCGUAUGACAGUGGUCGCUUUUCCCCUCCCAAGAUGGCGGACAACCUCCCCUCGGAGUUUGACGUGGUGAUCAUAGGAACGGGUUUGCCUGAAUCUAUAAUUGCAGCUGCAUGCUCAAGAAGUGGCCAGCGGGUUCUCCAUGUGGAUUUGAGACAUUACUAUGGAGGAAACUGGGCAAGUUUUAGUUUCUCUGGAUUAUUGUCCUGGAUAAAAGAGAGCCAAGAAAAAGCUGACCCACGUGGGGAGAGUACAACCUGGAAAGAGCUAAUCCUUGAAAAUGAAGAAGGUAUUCCUCUUAACAAGACAGACCAAACUAUUCAGCAUGUUGAAGAUUUCUGCUAUGCCAGUCAGGAUCCAGCUGAAGAUGUAGAAGAAGUUGGUGCACUUCUGAAAGUCCCUGUCUCUGCUGCUGCUGCUUCUAGUGAGGUUGUAGACGAAGUCUGUGCUACCCCAGAAGCUGAGAGUGAGUGCUUUCCUUUGACGGAUCAGACAUCAGGGACCAAAAGUGAAGAAACUUUCCCCAACAGUGAUCGAGAAUAUACAGCUGUCAAGGAUGGUGUAGAAGUGACCUCUCUGGGAGAGGUACUCUGUGACAACGCAACGUCUGGUCAGUCUGUUUCGGAAAUAGAAAAUAAUGAAUCUGCAUCAGUAACGGAAUCUGCAGUUGAACCGAGGACAAUUACUUAUUCCCAAAUUGUUAAAGAAGGGAGACGAUUUAAUAUUGAUUUAAUUUCUAAGUUACUGUACUCCCGAGGAUUGUUGAUCGACCUCCUAAUUAAGUCAAAUGUUAGCCGAUAUGCCGAGUUCAAAAAUGUCACCCGGAUUCUUGCAUUUCGAGAAGGGAGAGUGGAACAGGUUCCGUGUUCUAGAGCUGAUGUCUUCAACAGCAAACAGUUGACUAUGGUAGAAAAGAGAAUGCUGAUGAGAUUUCUGACAUUUUGCUUGGAGUAUGAGCAGCACCCUGAUGAAUAUCAAGGUCAUAAGGAUUGUAAAUUUUCAGACUACUUAAAAACCCGGAAGUUGACUCCCAAUCUGCAACAUUUCAUAUUGCAUUCCAUUGCGAUGGUCUCAGAGGCCGAUUGCUGCACCAUCGAUGGGCUGAAGGCGACCCAGAAGUUCCUGCAGUGCCUUGGCCGUUAUGGUAACACUCCCUUCUUAUUUCCUUUGUAUGGCCAAGGGGAGAUCCCGCAGUGCUUUUGCCGGAUGUGUGCUGUAUUUGGCGGUGUGUAUUGUCUGCGCCACUCUGUACAGUGCCUUGUAGUGGACAAAGAAACGAGAAGGUGUAAAGCAAUCAUUGAUCAUUUUGGUCAACGAAUAAGUGCCACCUAUUUUGUUGUGGAAGAUAGCUACCUUUCAGAGAAAACAUGUGCCAAUGUGUCUUACAGGCAGAUCUCCAGAGCAGUUCUCAUCACUGAUCGAUCGAUUUUGAAGGCAAACUCAGAUCAACAGAUUUCCAUUUUGACUGUCCCACCCAUAGAGCUGGAUCAGCCUGCCGUUUGCCUUGUAGAACUGUGUUCUUCAACCAUGACGUGCAUGAAAAAUACAUAUUUGGUUCAUUUAACUUGCUUGUCCGUUAAAACUGCUAAAGAAGACUUGCAGCCUGUUGUGAGGCAGCUGUUCAAUGAAGGUACAGAAGCAGAAAGCGAAGGUGCGGGAGAAGGGCAAAAACCUCAGAUUCUUUGGUCAGUCUGUUUCAACAUGAGAGACUCAUCUGGGGUAGACAGGACUUCCUAUGCCAAUUUACCCUCCAACAUCUAUGUUUGUUCUGGGCCAGACAGUGCUUUAGGAAACGACUGUGCUGUCAAACAGGCUGAGGUCAUUUUUCAAGAGAUGUUUCCCAAUGAGGAAUUCUGCCCACCACCUCCAAAUCCAGAAGAUAUCAUCUACGAUGGAGAUGGGACUCAGCCGGAGGAUCCUGGGUUCAGUAAUCCCUCUGAGGCCAAGCCAGAGACUUUGCCUGAGAAGUGCACUGAAGAUAACGAAGGACCCUCUGAAGAGUGAGUGGAUGACAAGGUCAGGACUGAACUUGUGUCACUAUGGACUUUGAUGGACAUUUGACCCAGUCUGAAGUACAGCCAACCACUUUGUCAUUCACAAUAUAUAACCCCAGCAAUUCUAGUGGGACUUUGCAGAGUUGACUUGAAUCGGAACAGGAGAGUCUUGUCCACAACCAUGUGUUAUGUUAUGUUUUAUUUCUAGGCCGUAUGCUGAAACAUACUACAUUCUCAGCUCAUUUCUCCUGGAAAUACAGUUUACCAGUUUGUAAGUAAGGCGUCCCUUCAUUUCAAGCAAUUGCAGUUUGCAAAAGACAACAGCAGCACAACAUAUAUAACCCAGUUUGCUCUACAAGGGGGUGGGGGACACAAUUUCAUCCCCUGAAAACAGUUCUUGGGGUAGACUAUUAGGCAGGCACUAGGCCAGGGAUAGCCAACAUAGUGUCCUCCACAUGUUGUUAGACCACAACUCCCAUUGGCUCCAGUCAGCAUGGCCAAUUGUGAGGAAUGAUGGGAACUGCCUCUGGAGGGGCACAAUAACCCAGAAGUGGCCAACCUGAUGCUCUCCAGGUGUUGCUGGACUACAACUUCCAUCAUCCCUGACCAUGGGCCGUGCUGGCUUGGAGCUGAAGAGAGCUGGAACUUGAAACAUCUGCAGCGGAAGCAUGUUGGCAACACCUGCACUAGGCACUCAGCAUUCAGUUUUUAGUGAUCUAGUAGGAAUUUGCCAGAAGGAAAGGUUUCAAGUGUUUUGUUUGGCUGUAUAGAGUAUCACAGAAGUGGCUUUGAAGCUUUGCUUGUACGCUCAGUAGAAAUACAUAAUAAAUAUUCUUAUCUUUCCAGUACCACUUCAGAAUCUAAAGACCUGCUAAAGAACUGAGCUACAUUUGUCACUGAUUCAGUUAAAAAAAAUUACUUGGUUGCUGCUCAAAUGUACUGCGUGGCAAACAGCAGCGGCUCAAUCCAUGCCUGUAUAACUAUCAUGUACAUGGAGGGAUCUCCAUAAAGCUCAGUAGAGCCAUCUUUCUCCUCCUUGUCUGGUUGCUACAUCCGCAUAUGAAUGCACACAGGCUGUGUGCUAAGGGCAUGUUUAUAGGGCAUGUGAAGAGCAUGAGAUGUACCACCGUUCAACCCUCUUCAAACGAGGGAGAUGUGGGAAGUAUGCACACACGUCCCAUCGCCCAAAUUUAUCCUGAUGCUUAGGCAUGCCUCAAGUCAGUGAGAGGAGGAAACAACUCUGUCGAACUUUAUGGAGACCCCUUUGUACACAGGUAUUGCACCUGUGUAGGGAAGGGUCAUACCUUGUUUGAAUUUUCACAAGUAUACUUCUUAAAGUAGAGUAAGGUACAGUUUUCUAGACGUAUCGGUAUGUAAAGGACUCAGGGUUGUGUCUCACUAAGGCCCCAUUCUGCACUAUACAGCUAAAGCAUGGUUUCCGCAAAAGAAUCCUGGGAACUGUAGUUUGUUGUGGGUGCUGAGAGAGCUGUUUGGAAACCCCUAUUCCCCUCACAGAGAUACAAUUUUCUCCUAACAACUCUCAACACCAGUAACAAAUUCCCAGGAUUCUUUGGGGAAACUAUGAUUGCUUUAUGUGGUAUGAUACUGCUUUAAAUGUAUAGUGCAGAUAGGGCCUCAGCUCUACUCUAGAGUAGACCCGAGGAAAAUUAAUCAACUUCAGUGGCUCUACUCUGAAUAGGACUAGCAUUGAAUACAAGCUGUUCUCUUAAAAAUAUAUAAUUCAGGCACCAAGAUGACUGUAAAAAGUCUACCCUACUGCAACACAUCUAAAAUUGGGGUAAUUUUAAAUUUGUGUAUUGUAAGAGUGACUUAUCUGCCCCCCACCCACCCAAAGAAAUAAGCAUUGGGUUAUAACUUGCUUAAGAAUGUAGAUUUGUAUACAGGAGGAUGCAAUGAAAAAAAAGUGGAAAGGUAAUUUGUUGGUGAGGAAUCUUCUGCAGAAUACUAUUUUGAAACUAGUCAAAUGCCUGUCACUGUGAGGGCUGCGUGAUUGUAAGCGGAGGAACUUGUGUUUUCAAGUGCCCUUUGGGAGACCCUCAGCCAUUAAGAAUUAACUGUGUUCCUUUCUGAACAGCUUCAUCCUGUCUUCUUUCUUGGUUAUGCUAGAGUAGGGAUAGAAAACCUGUGACCCCUAUCCACCCCAGAAGUUGGACUCCAGCUCCCGUCAGUGCCAGCCAGCAUGGCCAGUCAUCUAGGAUAAGGAGCAUUGUAGUCCCAACAACAUCUAGAGGGCCACAACUUUCCUAUCCCUGCACUAGAGCGUGGCAAUUUUGGGAGCUGGCUUUUAUAAAUAAGUAGGAAGGAUGUUCUAUAUUAAAGAAUCCAAGGAGAAUAUGCAGAAGAAAGGAACAAAGGGUGGUUCUGUGCUGGAGAAUCUAGAAAGUCAUCUAAUAAUUCAAAAUUUGUAUCCAUGUAUAUACCACUCUGAAAUGCAAAAAUGUUUUGCAGUCUUGUUGGUCUGUCCUUCCGAUGUGGCUGUGUUACCCUUCCUAUUUUACAGAUGAGAGACUUGAGGUUAACGAGCAAGUAACUUGCACUUGGUCACCCAGAAAACCCAGCAACAAGUGCAUUUUACAGUUAACAUUGUAACAAUCUUCAGAGAUGGGCUAUAGUGGACAAAUUUGAGUAGCAGUGUUUAAAGUUUGUUGUGUGAAGCUUAGAUAAUGUUUCAGCUACUAUGUAGCUCACUGCACCAAUAUUUUAAAACCCCAACUCCUCAAUAAAAGCCACGAAUACCACUAAUGAUACACAGUUUGGAAGAGAAAUGGCAAGAUCAUCGCUCCAUGGUACAACCCUUCAGUGCUUGAGCCUGGGUCAUGACUUUGUACCUCUGAAGUCCAUUUAUUUCAUAAACAUAACGAAUACAUUCAGCAUAGUGAAACAAGACACAGCUGUCUCAUUGGUACAGAAUGUACAAAAAAACAGUGGCUUAGAUUCAUUUCAGUUGCUAUGUAGUCGUUCUUGUGAUGCUCGCAAUUAAGCUGUUAUUUAUGCUGAAUAAGAGAGAGGUUGCCUUUGUCAUUUGCUGUUGCUGUACCUAUGCAUAAAAGGUAUGAAUGUAGCCCAAUUACGUUUGAACAUUUACAGAUCAUUACAGGAGCCAAACCAAGAGGGCCUGCUCCUAAGAGUUUUCAGUAACAAGGAUCCUACAGGAAAAGGAUUUUUUUUCUUUUUUCUUUAAUCUGGAAAGGAACUUUAUAAUAUGAAAAUUAAAGGUUUGCUUGCAAGAG